CCGCCGGUCCCGGCGCGUUCAGAUGACGUCACAGCACGGCUCUGUCCGAGGGAGAGUUGCUUUGAUACCAGCCCAGCAGCUUCCUUCCGGUACCCCGAAAAAACGUCAUAGGUGCGACCGGAGCGAUGGCGGCGAACAGGAAGAAUGUGUUGUCUUCUUUGGCUGUUUACGCCGGGGACUCUGAACCAGAGGCUGAAAGUGAAGGGGAGCCUGAGGAUGAAAUAGGAGGUUUGGUAUCAAGAGCAUACGGGCAGGAUGACAUCUCCAGGAUUGAGGAGGAUGGAUCCAACAAGGAGGAUGAUGAGGACACAAGCCAAUCAGUAAAGUACCUCAACAGUGGCCUGGAUAUGCGAACCUGGACCCAGCAAGCCCCCCCCAUGCAACCUUUUUCCCUUGCCAAGGAGGAAGAAGAAUCAGAGACUGAGAAUCAGGAGUCUGGUGAACCAAAGGAGUUGUCAGAACUGGAAAAGCGAGACCCCCAGGAACUAGUGGCUUCCUUCUCCGAGAGGGUGCGCAACAUGUCACCCGAUGACAUCAAAAUCCCCCCAGAACCACCAGGCCGCUGCUCCAACCACUUGCAGGAGAAGAUUCAAAAGUUGUAUGAGAAGAAGUUAAAAGAAGGGACAGACAUGAACCGCAUUAUCCAAAAAAAGAAAGAAUUUCGGAACCCCAGCAUCUACGAGAAGCUCAUCCAGUUUUGCUCCAUUGAUGAACUUGGCACUAAUUACCCUAAAGACAUGUUUGACCCACAUGGAUGGUCUGAAGACUCCUACUAUGAGUCUCUUGCUAAAGCCCAAAAGAUUGAGAUGGAUAAGCUGGAAAAGGCCAAAAAAGAACGAACGAAGAUUGAGUUUGUUACAGGCACUAAGAAGGGCACAACGACCAGUGCAACCACAGGCACAACCAGUACCACAACCACAUCUACAGCAGAUGCACAGAAGAGAAAGAGCAAGUGGGACUCCGCUAUACCAAUGACCACCAUUGCUCAACCCACAAUCCUCACCACCACUGCCACACUCCCUGCUGUGGUUACAGUCACCACCAGUGCCAGCGGCUCCAAAACAACUGUCAUUUCUGCUGUUGGUACUAUUGCCAAAAAAGCCAAACAGUGAAUAACUGGGAGACACCAGGAACCCCCAUGGAACAUUAUUGCGAGCCUUGAACUCUGUCUUUUACUGAGGUUAUAAGCCAUGUGGCUUAUUAACUACGAAUUACUGUGCAAGAGUCAGGGAAUCAUAAUGCAGCCUACUUACUGGACACUGACUAGAUGGAUUUCUUUACUACAUUGUGUUCCAUUUCGGUUCCUAUUAACGGACAAUCUGUUUUUGAUUGUGUGGGAGCUGAAUAAUGUAAUGUGAACUGCAAGUUCUACUUUUUGCUUGUUUGUUUUAUUUUUCAUAUUAAAUUCUUAAGUGUU